UAGCUUGGAAUAUUAGGAUAAUAAAAAGGGCAAGCUAUCCCAUUUUAAUAUAUUUCUUCUCCCCUCUUCCCUCUUCUUGUUCUUGGAGUUGUUGGUCUCCCCAGAGCUAAAAGGCCCCGCCUUUUGGCUCGUUCUCAGACUCACCACCUGCUCCAAGAAAAGCUUCGUGGGAGAUGGCGCGCACCGAGAAGGUUGCCGGCGAUGGCUGCUCCGUCGGCGAGGGCCACGUAGAGGUGGAGGUCGGCGUGGGGGUGGACGGCAAGGGGGUUAUUGAGUGCCGGAUAUGCCAGGAGGAGGGCGAGGAGGACGCCAUGGACUCACCCUGCGCCUGCACUGGCACGCUCAAGUUCGCCCACAGGAAAUGCAUACAGAGAUGGUGCAACAAGAAGGGGAACAUUACAUGUGAAAUCUGCAACCAGAUUUACUCACCAAAUUAUGUCCUCCCUCCACCCAAAUGCUGUUCAGAUGAAAUGGACAUGGAUCUUAGGCAAAACUGGGUUGGAAGAAUCGAUACUCAUGAUUCUCAUUUUUUAGCUAUUGCCAUCGCAGAGCAGCAGCUGCUGCAAGCUGAAUUUGAGGAUUGUGUAUCCACAAGUUCUAGUGGUGUUACAUGCUGCCGAACCAUUGCUUUAAUUUUGAUGUUCCUUUUGCUUGUGCGCCAUGUAAUUGUAAUUGUGAGGGACGUUAGCAUGCUACAAGAUGCAACAGUGCUGUUCAGUGCAACUCUUCAGUUUGCGGGAUUCUUUCUUCCCUGUUAUGUGAUAGCACGUUCUUGCUAUGCUUUGCAACACCGGAGACGAAGACAGGACUAUUCACUUCAAUCCGGUGCUGCUUGAUUGAAACCCUCUGGUUCCAUUCAAAAUCCAGUCACUGCUUUCUGCUGUAUAGGGACUUAUCAGAACCUUGAAGAACACCAGACGUACCAACUGAAACACCAUCUUGGCACCAGGCUACCAAGUAACCAAGAUGGGAGCUUGCAAAGUAACGCUUCCCGUUGCUUGGAGCCACUGCGAAGCAUUUGGUUUCUCCCCUGAAAACGUAGGCGGUUUAGGACGCGAUGUAGCGAGAACAGCCCUCGUGAAGCUCAACUGUACAUACGAGAACAAGGCCUUUUUACAGCUGCAAAACAUGUAACCUCACACAUUUCUAUUGCGAAUAAAGAACAAGCAAUGACCGCCCACCA